CAUGUAGAUUGUAAUAUCUUUCUUUGCCUUUUUAUUGACAGUUCUGUGCAGCCUCUUUGACGACUGAACCAAAUACACGAGGCAUACUACACUACCAGGGAUUAUUCCUUAAGUCUGCCGUACCUGAGGUACUAAGUACCUCAUCCACAGCCUUGCGACUCCGCCACCCGAGGAAACCAUAUGACCUCACCUGUCGCGUGAACUCUUCUUAUUUCCUCCUCCGUCAUGAGUUCCCCGAAGCAGGAACCACCGUCUCCAAGCGCUUCAUUCUACGCCAUGAGUGACGACGAAGAGGGCGAAUAUAACACUAUCCGACAUACCAGUUCGGGUCGGGGGGUGAAGCUGCUGUAUACGAAGAGCAAAGUUUACGUGCACCCAAGUCCUCAUGCCAGGGACAACCUCGCCGGAUUCAUCGCUUUAAUCCAACAGAAACCCGCCUCCUUAUCUCCCUCAUCUCCAACCUCUCCCUCUCAAAUCGGAUCCUCCUCCCUCCUCCUCGCCUGGGUCCCCGAAUCCGACCUCUCCUCCACCAUCUUCAAUGCCUACGUCAAAGUCGACCUCAGCGGCAGCUCCUCUCCCCCUAAACAAUCCUACCUCGUCCCCCUCCCCCCCACGAACAUCGGCCACGCGAGCUCGAGCUCCCCAGGCUACGCCUUCGCCAUCCCCGUCUCCGAGAUCUACAGCCUACUCGUCCGCCCCCCUAGCAUCGGGUGGUGGUUCGGCAGCGUCGUCAUCAACACCCGCGCGGGCGAUAGCUUCCCCGCGCUGUUCUUCCAUGACAGCGAGUGCGAGAGCACGAUUCUCCAGCGGAAGAAGCUUGCCAGGGAGAGCUUCGACCCGUUCGGCGAUGGCGGCGGGAUGUUCUGGGGAGGGGACGAGGUGCUGCGAUGGCUGAAGCGAUAUGUCCGGGUGGAGCGAAGCGGGGCCGACCCGAACAUCUUCUUGAUCGAGCCGAGCGAGGAAGAUCGGCUGGGGUUUAGUAUUGGGAUCGAUGGGAAACGCGCGCGACGACCUUCGAGUGGCGGAUCGCCCGCUGCAGCCGGUCCGUCAUCGCCUGGACCAUCCAAUGCCCAACCGCCCGGUCGUCGCGAUGGAGGCAUGGAUCCCGUCACCAAAGCGCUCAAGGAAGCGCGGUGGAACAUCCUGGAGAAGCUGAGCCAGGUCACCACGUUUACCCGGCGUACGGCGCAAGCAGUUGCGGAGAACAAGAAUUUACCGCCGCAGCUCCGGAACCUGAUGCGCAACCCCGAAGUGCAAACGCUGCAGGAGGAGUUCGACUCCGCGCGCAUCUACCUAGCGCGGUGGGCGAUGGGGAUCUCGGAGCAGGGCGACCGAGAGCGGCAGCAGCGGAUUUGGACGGCGAAGGAUAUCAUGGAGCAGGAAGAGACGGAGCUCGGAACCUUUGAGAUCCUGGAGGUGGAGACGCGGGAUCUCAGCAUCAAUGAGCGGCGGGAUCCUGUGACGAUGAUCGAGUGGAAGAAAUGGUUUGACGCGCAUGGACGGCUGGAGGUGACGGUGGGGGAGGUGAAGGAACGGGUGUUCCAUGGUGGGUUGGAUCCCGACGACGGAGUGCGCAAGGAGGCGUGGAUGUUCUUGCUGGGGGUGUAUGACUGGAACAGCUCCGCCGCGGAGCGACAUGCGAUGAUGAAUAGCAAGCGGGAUGAGUAUAUCCGGCUCAAAGGCAAGUGGUGGGAUCGGAUGGUCGAUGGAGAGUCGGGAAAUAAGGAGGCAUGGGGAUCGUGGAAGGAACAAAAGAACAUGAUCGAGAAGGACGUACAUCGAACAGACCGACACGUUCCCCUUUUCGCCGGGGAAGACACUCCUCAUCCGGAUCCGAACUCGCCUUUCGCGGAUGCGGGCACAAACGUUCAUCUCGAGCAGAUGAAAGACAUGCUCCUGACAUAUAACGAAUACAACCGGGAGCUCGGCUACGUCCAAGGCAUGAGCGACCUCCUCGCACCCAUCUAUGCAGUCUGUCAAGAUGAUGCCAUAGCCUUCUGGGGAUUCGUCAGCUUCAUGAACCGAAUGGAACGGAACUUCCUCCGCGACCAAUCCGGCAUGCGCCUCCAACUCCUCACGCUCGACCAACUCGUCCAACUCAUGGACCCCCAACUCUACCUCCACCUCCAAUCCCUCGACUCCACCAACUUCUUCUUCUUCUUCCGCCCCCUCCUCGUCUGGUACAAGCGCGAGUUCCCUUGGCCCGACGUCCUCCGCCUCUGGGAAUCCCUCUGGACCGAUCACCUCUCCGCCAACUUCCACCUCUUCGUCGCCCUCGCCAUCCUCGAGAAACACCGUGCCGUCAUCCUCGAACACCUCCAGGGCUUCGACGAGGUCCUCAAGUACGUCAACGAGCUCGCCAACGCCAUCGACCUGAACUCCACCCUUCUUAGCGCCGAAGCCCUCUUCCUCCGCUUCCGCAAAACCGUCGACGCCGUCGACCGCAAAAACAUCCUCCCCGAACCCCCGACCCCGCGUCGCGCUAUCUCCACCGAGUCCGUCCCCGCCCCCCCGAAAUCGCCCUCCGACACCCUCACCCCGCCCAUGCGCGCGGCGCUCAAGCUUGAGCGGCGGCCGGAGGGGGAUAAUUUCCCGGGGUCGGAGGAUACGUUUGCGGAGGCGGCGACGGGGGGAAAUGUGCUGCGGGAUGCAAGACCGGGGAUGACGACGCAUCGGCGGGCGGCGAGUGCGAGUGCGAGUGCGAGUGAGGGGGGGUCAAAGAAUCCGGUGGGGACGAGGCGGGGAAGUGGGGUUGGUCGUGCUAGUGCGAAUGUUGCGAGUGGUAGUGGUGCGGGUGGGAUACCGACCGGGCAGUUGACGCCGCGGGAGCGGGAGAAGGUAAUCACGCCGGAGUUGCGGGCGUUGUUGAGUCGGGAGGUGCCGUGGAUGGCGAAGGAGGAGGUGAAGCGGCAUGGAGGGGGGGUUUCAUAAUGAGGUUUACGAUGGUUGGCGUUGUGGAUGAGAUUUGGGUUGGAGUUUGAGAGGCGCGGGAGGAAGUACAUGUUGGAUGUUUGUAUUCCUCGAGCUGGGAUAUGUUCUUUGUUUAUUGGGGUAGGCUAGCUGUUGGUAUUUCGCAUGCUGUAUCCAUCAUUAGGGCUGCAAAGCUCCUAGCAACAAUGUCGAUCAAUGAUGCAUUCCAAACAAUUCAUCUACUCCCAACCACGGCGAGACCGCAUAUCAUUGAAUGAGCCGACUGGAUUUUAUCUUGAAACCAGGUCCGGUCUAUCCCAGCCGUCCUAGACCGAGCGACCGAACGCGACUCGAUAUACAGGACCUAUCAGCAAGUCGAUAAGCGACGAGGAAUAAAUAUUAAAAGAACAAAUGAAAGGAGUUCGAUUCCUGUCCUCC